UUCCUGUCGUUUUUGUACUAAAACUUCAUUGGAAAUAAACAAGGUUCAACCUGCCUAUAUCCUUUAUUCCAUUUUCGAAGAUUAUAAGGCCAUGCAAUUUGCAAGAAAUACACAUUAAGCGCUCUACUUUCCAUUGCACUUUGCUUCCUUUGCUCUCUUUGUGUAAUCCCAAAAAUGGCUAACCAACCUAGUGUGCAGCAGCCAUUGACGAAUCAAACCCAAGCCAAUCUGCAGCAACUGAUGAAUCCAACCCCAGCCAAUACACAGCAACUCAACAAUCCAACUCCAAGCACUCUGCAGCAAUUGGCUAAUUUAACCCCUGCUAACAUGCAACAAUUGAUUAAUUCAACUCCAGCCCGUAUGCAACAUCCUAUCAAUCCAACCCCAACCAAUAUGCACCAUCCCAUCAAUUCAACCCCUACUAACAUGCAGCAACCGACCAAACAGACACCAAUCACUAUGCAACAACAGCUCAAACAGUCCCCAGCGAGUGCGCACCAACUGAUCAAAGGUGAUAGGCUCUUGUUCUCAAGCUCUGAUGAAAAUGCAAUGACAAAGCAAAUUCAGGCGACUCAUUCUCCCGAUGGACGCGAGUUCGAUGUCAAACCUCUCCUUAAUAUCGUUGAGGACAUAUUUGAGCGUGCAGCCCCAACAAUCGAAUCUCUUGCUCUACCAGCGGCGGGUCAUCAAGCACGUCCUGAAGUUUUAGAUGACAAGAUUUAUCAUAGCAGCUCCAUGGCCAUGCUAGAAAGUUUGUCAUUUAUCAUUGAACAAAUAGCUAGCGAGAUAUCAUACAAAUGCUCAGGCGGUGGGGAUGCACAUGCUACUACUAUGUCAAUACUCAACAUGCUAUCAAGCUACACAUGGGAUGCCAAGUUGGUUAUAGCACUGGCAGCUUUUUCAAUGACUUACGGAGAAUUCUGGCUGGUUGCCCAGAACUGCACCUCAAACCAGCUUGCUAAAUCUGUGGCAAUCCUGAAACAAUUGCCUGAUAUUUUAGAGCAUUCGAGCAUGCUUAAACCUCGAUUCGAUUCGGUAAAAAGUCUCAUAAAGGUUAUGCUAGCAAUUGCCAAGUGCAUUGUCGAGUUCCAAGAUCUGCCCCCUCGAUACAUUACAAUGGAUGUUCCUGCAUUGUCCACUGCAAUGGCUCAUUUACCAAUUUCUGUCUACUGGACAAUCAGAAGUAUAGUGGCCUGUGCAUCCCAGAUUAUUGGCCUUAUUGGGCUGGCGCACGAGCAUAUAGCAUCAACUACAGAGGCCUGGGAACUAUCGAGCUUAGCUCACAAACUAAGCAACAUGCAAAGCCACCUACAAAAUCAACUGGGACUCUGCUAUAAGCACAUUGAUGAAAGGAAACAUAUGGAAACUUAUCAGAACCUUAUACAUUUGUUUGAUAUGGCUCACAUCGACAACAUGAGAGUUCUCAAGGCAUUGAUUUAUUCGAAGGAUGAUAUCCAGCCGCUUCUUGAAGGAACCACCAAGAGAAGGGUUAACAUCGAUGUCCUGAGAAGAAAGAAUGUGCUGCUGCUAAUAUCAGACCUUGACAUUACACAAGAUGAGAUCUCAAUCCUUGAACAGAUCUACAAUGAGUCGCGACUCUAUCCUUCGAAGCAGGAAAGUCAAUAUGAGAUUGUCUGGCUCCCAAUUCUUGAUCCAGCUGUCCCUUUCAAUGAUAUCAUGCUAAAGAAGUUUGAGGCACUGCAAUCUGUCAUGACUUGGCACUCAAUCCACCACCCUUCUUUGAUCGAUAGGGCAGUGAUCACGUUCGUCAAAGAAAAGUGGAACUUUGGCAAGAAGCCUAUUCUUGUUGUGCUCGAUCCCCAGGGAAGGGUUGCCUGCCCAAAUGCAGUCCACAUGAUGUGGAUUUGGGGCAGUCUAGCCUUCCCUUUCACCACCAUAAGGGAAGAAGCUCUAUGGAAGGAAGAGAGUUGGAGACUUGAGCUCUUGGUUGCUGGAAUUGAUCCAAUAAUUACAAAUUGGAUUGAAGAAGGAAGAUACAUAUGCCUCUAUGGAGGAGAGGACAUGGAAUGGAUUCGAAAAUUCACCAGCACUGCACGUGCAGUAGCACAAGCUGCAGGUAUCCCAUUGGGGAUGGUUUAUGUGGGAAAGAGCAACCCGAAAGAGCGAGUCAGGAGGAAUGUUUCAACCAUCAUGGUUGAGAAACUCAGCCAUUAUUGGCAAGACCUGACUUCAAUUUGGUACUUCUGGGUUAGGAUUGAGAGCAUGUGGAGAUCCAAAAAUCAACUGGGAAAAACCUCUGAGAAUGACUCGUUAAUGAAGGAAAUCAUGGCAAUGCUCAGCUUUGAUAGCAGUGAAGGUGGAUGGGCUAUUUUUACUAAAGGAACAGAAGAGCUAGUGAAAGCCAAGGGGAGUGUAUCCUUAACUUGCCUGUCAGAUUAUACUAUUUGGAAAGAUCAGAUUCAGCAGAAGGGUUUUCUGCCUUCACUUAAGGAUUACCUCAAGAGCCUUCAUACUGAACAUCACUGCAACCGGCUCAUUCUCCCUAGUUCCGCAGGAAUGAUACCUGAAAAGAUAGUUUGCACAGAAUGCAGCCGCAAUAUGGAAAGGUACAUCUUGUAUAAGUGUUGCGAUGAAUAAAUAGCCAUUUAAAGGGCAGAUGUUAAAGGUUAUGCUACAUAUGUCACUGCAGUAACGAAUAAGCAGCAGUAGCUGCCCCUAUAACUUAUUCUAUAUAAGUGAUGGUGGCGAUGAUGUUGAGGUUUGCUAUAUACUAUUAUAAAGAAUGGAGUUUUACAUGAGAAAGUGUUAUUUAUAUAUGAAAUGUAAUGCCUUAUAUUACUAUUUGUUGUCUUCACUAUGCAGCUCUUCAUGAUAUAAUAAGAUUCCUGUUACCUUCA